CAACCAGGGUGUCCACCACCAAUACAUAUCCUCCAAAGAAUCUGUCGCAUAUAUCCAGAACAUCGAAACAAAAAUGGACGUACCUACUCCGAGAGUUUCUUCAAGCUUGCUCGGCCAAUACGUCGGCCAAGUCGUCAGGAUUUCAGGAAAAGUGAUCAGCCUAUCUCCGGAGUUACUCAUAGAAUCAUCGGAUGGAGGACAAGUGACAGUAGGCGACUCAGCGGCAUGUGGGACUGAAAUCACGGAUGAAUUCAUCGAGUUGGUCGCCAAAGUGGAGACCGAGACCCGGGUGAAAGCCUUGGACUGUUCCAACCUUGGCGACAAGUAUGAUCUUAAACUCGCCCAGGCCGUCGUCGAUAUCAUCCAUAACCCCAACCUCAGAUGUGAAAGAGCUCCUUGCUUUUAGGCAUCAGUCCGCUCAUAUGGCAUAGUUAUUGGCAUUUUCAUCUUUCAUGUAGAAUUAGUUUUAAAAUCAGCAAAAUGGAAAUAUAUAAAAAAAUCUUGAAUAGCUGUUUAUCAAGGGUAACAGUGUAAGACGUCCUCAGGCAAUUUGUAUCCAACGCUUGUUG